AUGAGGCUCACCGCGGAGCUCCUGCAUGAGUCCCUUUCCUACCUGAAUCCGCUCAAGGAGCGCGAGCUCGAUCUCCGAGGACAGCGAAUCCCUACCAUUGAGAACCUUGCUGUCGCAGGCCCUCACGAUGCAAUCGACUUCACCGACAACGAUAUCCAGGUACUGGGCAACUUCCCGCUCUCACCCCGCAUAAACACGCUCCUGGUUGCGCGCAACCGCGUCGUCAGCAUCCACCAGAGCCUGCCCAGCGCGAUCCCCAACCUGAAGAACCUGGUGCUGGCGUCCAACAACCUGGCCGAGCUGGCGGAUCUGGACGUGCUGGGCAUGUUCCCGCGCCUCAUCCACCUUGUCCUCGUAGACAACCCCGUCACAAAGAAGGAGCACUACCGCUACUGGGUCUUGUGGCGAUGUCCCUCGGUGCGGUUUCUCGACUACGAAAAGGUCAAGCAGGUGGAGAGGGAGAAGGGCCGAGAGCUUUUUGGCACGGCGGAAGAGCCGACAGUCUUGACUACCGAGAUCCUGGGCAGAAAGACCAAGUCCUUUGAGAUGUCAGCCAACGGCUCUGCGGAGCCCUCGAAACAGCUGCGGAUGAAGCUCACAGACGAGGAGAAGCAGCGGCUCAGGGAUAAGAUCAAGCAGGCGACAAGCCUGAAGGAGAUUAUUGCGCUGGAAAAGGAGCUGAACGAGGGAAGACUGCCGUCCGGGCUCGACCAGGAUGCCAUGGAGGAGUAG